CCGGAUGUGCUUUCCAGACGGCCAUCUUGGGAAUCUAAAGGAUCGGAGGCAUUUUGCAAGGAGAUUCGAAUCAAGUCAGCGGCGGGGAGUCUUAGACCUGGCCAGUCCACAAGGUGAGGGCCCUGAGGAAGAACUGAGGGACCUCCCACCAUAGAGAGAUGAAAUCCCGGCCUGCACUGCCGCUGCAGUGGGACUGGUGCUCCAGGAACCAGGUGGUGACAAACUGGAUGUGAGGCACACAUCCUAAAGUCAGCACAGCAGAGGAGACCCAGGCAGUGCCAGGAGUCAAGGCCUGUUGGAUCUCAUCAUCCAUAUCCCUGUUGAUACCUUUACCUGCUGCGCCUGAAGAAGUCGUUAUGCCUCCCAUUCCGGGCGUUCCAUUCCACAACGUUGACGACGACUCUCCGGCCUCAGUUGAGUCAGAGGACUGGGUAGAUGCACAGGAUCCCACAGAUGAGGAAGAGGAGGAAGCCUCCUCCAUUUCCUCUUCCACUUUCUACUUAGUAUUUUCCCCCUCUUCCUUCUCCUCAUCCUCUUCUCUGAUUCUUGGUGGUCCUGAGGAGGAGGUGCCGUCUGAUGUGAUACCAAGUCUUCCCGAGAGCACUCCCAGUAGUCCUCCACAGAGUCCUCCACAGGGUCCUUCCCAGAGUCCUCUGAGCUCCUGUUGCUCCUCUUUUUCAUGGAGCUCAUUCAGUGAAGAGUCCAGCAGCCAAAAAGAGGAGGAUACAAGUACCUGUCAGGGCCUGCCAGACAGUGAGUCCUCUUUCACACAUACACUAGAUGAAAAGGUGGCCGAGUUAGUGGCGUUCCUGCUCCUCAGGUACAAAGCAGAGGAGCCUGUAACAGAGGCAGAGAUGCUGAUGAUUGUCAUCAAGUACAAAGACUACUUUCCUGUGAUACUCAAGAGAGCCCGUGAGUUCAUGGAGCUCCUUUUUGGCCUUGCCCUGAUAGAAGUGGGCCCUGACCACUUUUCUGUGUUUGCAAACACAGUAGACCUCACUGAUGAGGGUAGUGAUGACGAGGGCAUGCCGGAGAACAGCCUCCUGAUUAUUAUUCUGAGUGUGAUCUUCAUAAAGGGCAGCUUUGCCUCUGAGGAGGUCAUCUGGGAAGUGCUGAAUGCAAUAGGGGUGUAUGCUGGGAGGGAGCACUUCAUCUAUGGGGAGCCCAGGGAGCUCCUCACUAAAGUUUGGGUGCAGGGGCAAUACCUGGAGUGUCGGGAGGUGCCAAACAGUUCUCCUCCAUAUUAUGAAUUCCUGUGGGGUCCGAGAGCCCAUUCAGAAAGCAUCAAGAGUAAAGUACUCGAGUUUUUAGCCAAGCUGAACAACACUGUCCCUAGUUCCUUUCCAUCCUGGUACAAGGAUGCUUUGAAAGAUGUGGAAGAGAGAGCCCAGGCCAUGACUGAUACCACAGAUGAUGCCACUGUCAUGGCCACUGAAAGCCUCAGUGUCAUGUCCAGCAACCUCCCCUUUUCUGAGUGAAGUCUAGAAUAGUUUCUGCGCUCUGUGUUUGAACAAGGCAGUUUAGGUUCUAGGUAGUGGAGGGCCAGGUGGGGCUCGAGGAACAUAAUGUUCUUUGCAUUUCUGUCCCAUAUGGGCGAUGUGGAGAUUUACCUGUUUUUCAGUACUUUUUGAAUGCUUUUCCUUUGAAUAGCAGGUAGUUAGCUUCAGAGCAUUAAUUUAUGAAUAUUGGUCACACAUGUAUUGCUGUUUAUCUGGUUUAAGAGUAACAGUUUGAUAUUUUGUUUAAAAAAAAUGGAAAUACCUUCUCCCUUAUUUUGUGAUCAGUAACAGGGUAGUGUGGUAUUGUAAUAGGCUUUUUGUUUGUUUGUUUGUUUGUUUUUUACAAUACGCAAUAACUCAGCAGUUAAAUAGUGGGACAACGUGAAGGAUGGUCAAUAUUUUCAUUUCCUUGUCCUGCUUAUUCUUUUGUUCUUGAAAAUUAAAGAUAUAUACCUGGCUUUGCUUAGCUUGUUGAAGAAAGUAGCAGAAAUUAAAUCUUAAUAAAAGAAAGCCCCACUGA